AUGGCAGCUGAGCAACAGCGCCUAACUGGCGAUGCCCUCAUUACUUCAGAGGACCUAAACCAUCCUGCCAACCUAAUUCCCUCGCUAUGCGCAAAGUUUUGGACCUUGGGCUGGGUCACGGGCACUGGAGGUGGCUGCUCUAUUCGAGAUGAUGAUCUCGUAUACAUCGCCCCCUCAGGCGUGCAAAAAGAGCUUAUGAAAAACACCGACAUUUAUGUCAUGGCCCUCUCUGAGCAGGACCCCAACCACAACAAGCUCAACCAGCGCACAUAUCUGCGAUCCCCUCCUUGCUACAAGCCUUCUCAGUGCACUCCCCUGUUCCUCGCUGCCUUUACCCGCCGAGGAGCUGGUUGCUGCAUCCACACUCACUCACAAUGGGCCGUCCUCGUUACCCUCCUGCUUGAGUCUCAGGGCCCAGGAAAGGACCGUGUUUUUGAGAUCAACAACAUCGAGCAGAUCAAGGGCUUUGGUCGUGGCAUGAACAAGACAGGCAACUUGGGUUACCAUGAUACCCUUCGCAUUCCUGUCAUCGAGAACACCCCUCAUGAGGAGGAUCUGACUGAGUUUCUCGAAGAGGCUAUGGACAAGUACCCCGAUGCAUAUGCUGUUCUUGUCCGUCGUCAUGGUGUUUACGUCUGGGGCGAUAACGUCCACAAGGCUAAGACUCAAUGCGAGAGUCUCGACUACCUCUUCCAACUCGCUGUCGAGAUGAAGAAGCUUGGUCUUCCAUGGAUCAGCGAAGUUGAACAGAUUGCCCCUCAGCGAACAUAG